ACCCGUUCGAUUGAAUAUUGCAAUUGAUUCCGGUGGUUUUUAUGUUUUGUUUUUGAUUUCGGUUCGGCUUUCGGUUUGUUCGCCACGCCGUAGUGUAUAUACUAUAUAAUAUAUGUAUACGUGGUGCUCUUCAUUUAUGCAUCGCCGGGUAAAAUUAUCAACUGAUAUCCGAUUUAACGUUUAGCAUAAAAUAAUAUCUCACUCAUCUAUUAGUAAUUAUCGUUUGCCGUCGUCGACUUAAACGUACAUUAAGUGUGCAUGCGGUUCAAUACACACAAAUACACUAUGGAAAUAUUUUGGCAUAGCCUGUUGAUCGGUUGCGUAAUGACGGCGACGGUUUAUGGAUUAAACGAUGUGGUACAAGAACGAGUGUCACCCAAUACUGAAGAAUAUCGAGACGAUACCGUCACUGCCGAAGAUCACGAGCACCAUAGGAUCAUCAUCGUGGUGCCCAAAGAGAUACCUCAUCACGUGAAUCACGUGCACACGUACAAGCUAGCCGGCAAGGGCAUACCGUUGAUCCAUUCCGGCAAAGUGGUGCACGACCACAAGCACAGCGGCAAGGUGGCGCACGAGCACGGGCACAAGGGCAAAUCGUCACACACGCACAAGCAUGUGGGCAAGCAAGGACACCAGCACAAACACCUCGGGUACCUGGGCCACCACCACUACGGCAAGUUCAUCGUCACCGGCGGCCACCACAAGCACCAUCACCUGCAGCAGGCGCCGAUCGAGCAUCACCGGCACCACCCGCUGCUGCACACCGCCGCGCACAAGCUGCAUCUGCAGCACCAACAGCACUUGCACCAUAAACAGCAGCUGAAGCAGUCCGGAGACUACCUGGUGCAACAGCACGGCGGAGGCAGUAGCGGCAUUUAUAACCAGGGACAACACGGAGGCCCUACCUCCGGCCGCAUUCAGUUCAUCCCCUCGUCGAAGCCCCAAGGGCUGGGCUCGUUCAUACCAGCCGAGAUCCAGCAGUACAUUGACGGCCGGCACGGCGUCCGUGGUCUGCAACAACAGCAACAAUACGAGGCCGCCGAUGACGGCGACGACGAUCACGAAGGCCAGGUCGGGCCGCCGGCCGCGUACAACGUGAUACACCUGCGGGUGCCCGGCGACCAGGGUGGCCCGAACAUUUACAAGCAGGUGGACAUCGACCUGGCCAACAACGUGGCCAAACUGCAACCCGGUGACAAGCAGCAGCCGGGCGUUACGGCUAACUUUAAGACGGUGACGCAGUACAACAAAGUGAUUGGACAUGGUCGCGCGCCGAUCACGCCCGAAGACGAAUUCGAAGCGCAGACGGACGACGAAGACGUGGAUGGUGGUGGUGGCGAGCGGUUGCUGGAAAAUGUCGGCUACCGGUUUGGCGAGGGCUACAGGCUGGCCAUGGAGUCGGGAGGCUCCCGGGACUUCACGGCCGCGCAGGAACAGGACGAGGAAGAAGUUGACGAGUUCAAAGAGCCCUCGGUCACCGCGGAAGACGAUUUCUCGUCCGACGGCAACGCUUACAGCCAGGCGUACCGCGUUCAAUUUUGAUCGAUCAGAAAAUUAUCUGAUCCAUUAGUUUAAUUUUUGAUUUUUUUUUUCGUACCUGUAAAUUAUUCGUUUUUUUAU